CCUGCUACUUAACUCACCUAGCGAAUAGUGGCCCCGCGUCCAACCCCUCCCACCUCUCCAACCUCUGAUAACUCCUGCUUGAGUUUCUUCAACAGCAAGCCAACCUUGGAAGGAUCCUGCCGUAGCCAUCGUCGACAUCAAACUCUCUCAUCCCAACCUAGCAGGAACGCAUCAUGGCUCCAAAACCAUGGGCCGACGAGCCCUUCGCUCUGCUGGAGACGCCGUCGAAGACCAUGGACAAGAGCUCGCAUUAUGCUAUCGUAGUGGCCUCUGAAAUGACCCACUCCCACAACGUCCUCAUCCGCGGCCUCAACAGCAUCUAUCAACAAGCCCCGCUUGUCAAGAACCCCCAGGAUGUCGAGGACCUCUUGUUCUACUGCCAGGCCUGGGUCAUGAUGGUCCAUCACCACCACGAAACCGAGGAGGAAACCCUCUUCCCCGACCUGGAAGAGUUUACGCAGAAGCCAGGGAUCAUGGCGGGCAACCAGGCGCAGCACAAUGCGUUCCACGAUGGGAUGGAGAAGUUCUCCGAAUACGCGAAGAACACGAAGCCGGACGAGUACAAAUGGGACGAAAUGAAGGCCGUCAUCGACGCCUUUGCUCCCUCGCUCUACACGCAUUUGAGGGAGGAGAUCCAGACGCUGCUUGAUCUGCGCCAGUACGAUUCGGACGGCGUCAAGACGGUUUGGGGGAAGACCGAGGACGCGGCGAAAGGAGGAAAGCAUCCUCACCUAUUUGAGAUGAUCAUGCCUUGCGUCAUGGGCAACGUCGACAAGACAUAUGAAGGCGGCAUCCACAAAGAAUUCCCGCCAUGGCCGUUCUUCAUUCCUUAUGCUGUGCAUUAUUGGUUUGCUCGUUCACAUACUGGCGCCUGGCGGUUUUGCCCCAGCGACUUUUGGGGUAAUCCCCGACCAUUGACUUUCCAAUAAGCUGCUUUCGAAUGGUCGAGAGCACUGAAUGUUGCAACCCUGUUGGCGUGAAACGGGAUAUACGUAUGAUGCAUCUUUGCGGGGAAAUAAUAAAAAUGAGGAUUAAAGCCUUUAUGGGUCCUCUCACUCAUUCCUAUUCA